AUUAUUUUUUUUUUUAUUUAUUUAUUUUGUAAACAUGACAGAUUUAAUUAGUCAAAUUGAUUUGGUUAAAUCAAAAUUUUCAGAUCAAUUAGAAAAUUUAGAAAAUGAAUAUGAACGCUGGAAGAAUUAUAAAACAGAUUAUGAUGCACUUGAAACCCAAUUAAAAACAUUGCCUGAUAAAACUUCACGCUCAGCAAUGAUACCUUUAGGUCAAUUAGCAUUUAUGCCUGGUAAAAUCAUUCAUACAAACGAAAUACUUGUUUUACUUGGUGAACGAUAUUAUGCGGAAAGAUCUGCUAAGCAAGCACUUGAAAUACUUGGUCGUAGAAAAGAAGUUGUCAAUGAAAAUUUAAGAUUAGUUGAAGCCCAAUUAAAUAGUUUUAAAGCUAAAACCGACUCAUUAACUAAUUCAAGUAUUUUUUCACAACAGCAGAUUAAUGAAGAAGGUUUACCUAUUAUGGAAAUUAGGGAAGAACUACCUUCUGUAGAUGAAAAGAAAAAUAAUGACAAAAAGAAAAUAAAGAAGAAAGUUCAAUUUCAAGAAAAAGAAGAAGAAAGUAUAGAACAAUCAUUACCAGAAUCUGUCCUACGUGCGCGACAAUUAAUGAAAGAAGCAGAUGAAAAGAUUAAGCAGCAGAAAAAGAACGACGAUGAUGAAGAAAACAAAGCAUUAUUUAAACUUUUACAAGAACUAGAAGAAGAAGAGGAGAAGAAUGAAGGAAAUGAAACAAGUGAAGAAGUAAUGAAAUCCGAUUAUAAAUUAGUGAAUAGAAUACCUAAUGAUGAAUUUGACGAUAAUAUUAUAAAUACAGAUGCUGAUGACGAUGAAGAUGACAAUAGAAAGUUUAGCGAUGAUGAAGAAGAUGAUGAACGUUAUGAUAGAGAAAUAGCAGAUAAUAUAUUUGAGCGAUUUGGUGCUGACGAUGAUGAACAAUAUCCAUUAGAUGGUGUUGUAGAUCAAGAAGAUUUUACUGAACAUCAAGAAGAUUUACCAGAGUCAUCCUCUCAAGCCCAAAUUAGAUCUCCUGCUGACAUCUUUAAUACCGUCCGUCAAACACAGGCAGACAAUGAAUUCCAAGAUGAUUAUCCUUCUUUAGAUGAUAACGAAAGCCAUGCAAUGGAUUUAAAUGAACUAAUAAAGGCAGCCCGUAAUCAUCAUGAACCAUUCUAUCAACCUAAAAAGGGAACUGAAGCAAUGAUACCCAUGGUAAAAGAAACAAAUUCACCUAAAGAAGGACUUAUUGUCGCUCAGAAACACAAAUUAGAUAAUAAGGUGAUGAAAGGAGCUGUUAUGGAACGUGAUAUAGCUCCUGUUGAUUUAGAAGAAGUGGAAGAAGAUAUGGACUUGAGAGAAGCCACUGCUUUAUAUCAACAAAAGAGACAAAACAUGUUGGCAGUUACAGGUGGUUUCUCAUUUGCACCUAAGCCAGAAUUUGAAGUAUUUGAUGAAGAAUUACCUUUACCGAAGAAGAAGGAUGAAGAGCCAAAAGAAGAGCCAAAAGAAGUUGCACCAAAGAAGAUAUCUCGAUUUAAAGCAGCAAGAUUGGGUCAAAAACUUAAUAAAGAAGAAUAUUAUUACUAAAUGUUUUAUUAAGAGAAAAGAAGAUAAUAACAAUAUUAAUAAAAAGAGAUUUCUAAUGAUAUAGU